CCUAAACGAUCUAUGUAUUUUUCUGAGUUCAUAUUAUCUCCCUGACUGGGUGGCUGUGGCAGUAGUGGUACCUCGCAUUCUUCUUCAAAAGAAACCCACUCACUUCUGCCGGCAUUAUUAUUAUGCGCCGACAUUUCAACCUUUUCCUUUCCGUCAACUACUUCGUCUUCUGUUGACUCUGCCGCCAUAUUGAAUACGAGCCGGCUGAUAACUCCUGCCAGCGUAUUUCCUAGGGAACGUCAUGAAAUGCGAGUAAUAAAGGUUUAUAUAUCUGAGAUUUUUACCAAAAUUUGGGGAUGAACUUUACACAAAUAUCUUUACCCAUUAAAAUAAAAAAUAUCUGGUUAAAAUCUGAAAAUUCAAGAUGAAAUUAAAACAACUCGAAGGACUUCUGCAAAAUUUGGACGUGUUUGAGAAACCCAAGGUCCAUUUGGAACAGUACCCAACAACACCUCAUAUAGCUUCACACAUGUUAUAUACUAUUGACCAAACAUUUGAAGACAUUAGAGGAAAUAUUGUUGCUGACCUUGGCUGUGGUUGCGGUGUCCUAAGUGUCGGUGCUGCAAUUCUUGGCAGCGAUUAUGUUGUAGGUUUUGACAUUGAUGCAGAUGCCUUAGAACUAGCGAAACAAAAUUUGGAAGAAAGUGAGGUUGAACAAGUAGAAUUAAUUCAAUGUGAUGUUGCCAAUAUAGAUUCCAUGAUGGUGAGGAGUGAUUUGUUUGAUACAGUCAUCAUGAACCCACCAUUUGGUACCAAAAAUAAUGCUGGUAUGUAAAUGAUCACCAUAAUUUAAUCUUCUCGCAAUCAUUAGAGAGCUUUUAUAAAUACAACAAGGAGUACAAGUUUCAUCAUUUGCUCACUAGUCCUAAUUACCAUCACCACCAUCAUUCUGUAUACAACUUUAUCAUCAUUAUAAUUGCCCUAUAAUUUCUAUUAUGGAAUAUCCUAACCACAUUCAUUCUCACCAUGACACCAUCCUAAUCACAAAUAUAAUAAUCAUAAUCAUCACCAAUAUAGUCACCAAUUUAAUCACAUAUAAUCAUUGUCAUAAUUAUCACUAUAAUCAUCAUAACCACCAAUGUAACCAUCAUCAUGAUCAUCAAUAUAAUUAUCAUUAUCAUCAAUAUAAUCACCAGCAUAAUCAUCAUCAAAAUAACCAAUGCAAAUACCAAUAUAAUCAUCAUCAUAAUAGUACAGUCAUGAUCACCAAUGUAAUCAUAAUCACCAAUAAUUAUAAUCAUCAUCACCAAUAUAAUCAUCCUAGCAACCAUUUCAAUUAUAAUCAUAAUUGAUAACAUCACAAUAACCAUUCUAAUCAAUAUCAUAAACUAGUUGUAAUAAUCAUCAUCAUAUGGUCUCACUAUAUUAAUUAUGACCAAUGGAACAACCAUGAUCAUAAUCAUUUACUGAUCAUAAUCACACUAAUCAGUUACAUAGUUAUUAUCAUAGUAAUCACUUUUUUGAUCAAUUGAUCAUCACCAAUUUCACUAUCAAUAAUGAUGACCAUCAUUAUCAUCAUUACAAUUACCAACAUAAAAAGCUAUUAAAUUAAGGAUUGAACAACUCUUUUCAGGUAUUGAUGUGAUGUUUUUAGAAAAAGCUCUACGCUUGGCAAAAAGAUCUGUAUAUUCAUUGCACAAGACUUCUACUAGACGUCAUAUAGAAAGCAAAGCAAAACAAAACAAUGCCAAAAUGGAAGUUCUUGCUGAACUAAGGUUUAACUUAGACGCUUCUUACAAAUUUCAUCGACAAAAGUCUGUGGACAUCGAGGUGGAUUUGAUCAGAUUUGAUGUCAGUGAAAAAUAGCUUUGACAAUGUCAGCGCCUAAUAUUAAAUAGUUGGUUCUGAAAGUUCAAAGUUGAUGUGGGUAUUUUUCACGGUUAUUUUUCAUGUUAUGACUUAAAAUACCGAGGUUGGUGUCUGCACUACAUCACAGAAUAAAGACAUACAGAAGUGUAUCUUCUUAUUAAAAGUGCGUAAGGGAUUUUUUCAGUCCGCCAUGUUCUUAGCAAGUGCCCUAAAGAGAGGCAGUCACCCCCCUGAAAACAUAUUGAAAAUUUAAUAUUCCAGGGGGGUGAAUGCCACUCUUUAGGGCACUUGCUAAGAACAUGGCCGCCAGCUAUUUCGGUAAAAAGCGCCUUACGGUUUUGUAAUGGAAGUUACACUUCUGUAUGUCUUUAUUCUGUGACUACAUGGAGUCUGGAGAGAGUUAAAAACACUUCCGUGAUUCGGAAAAGGCACAUUGAGUGUAUGGCCUUUUAGACACGCGAGUGUUAUUAAGCUCUGUUGAAAAUUAACAAGAUACUAAGCCCCUUUUAUUUCCUUUUUACGUUCUUUACUAUACACAAGGCUAUAUACAUGACAAUGGCAACACAGUGCCCGGCUUAAGAAUGAUUAGUGUUCUGUACACAACUAAAGACUUUAAUAAACUUUGAUUAAACCACCUAAGGAUUAUACUUCGUAAAUAAUCGUAUUUCUGGCACCGCAUCUUCGUCUCGAUUUUAUUGACAUAUCCUUACAUAUUUACACUUCAUACAUUAAAAAUAUGUAUUCCAGUAUCAAAAAAUAUAUUCAUUCUCAUCGUUUUGGAAUUAAUAUGCUCCACAAACAGCCGUUAGUCAAGUAUAGGCAUUGGACUGAAAUGUCAUUUUACACCAUUUUGCUUGCUCCCUCUGAAUGGCUGCCUUUCUUUCAGUGUGACUCAUCGAACGUUUGGGAUCAUACUUUUUAGUUUCACUAUUAUUUCUAGUUUUUCUUUUUUUCUUACUCUGAAAUUCCAAGGAACUAUCCUCCCUCUUUUGUUGUAGUUUAGGCAGACGAAAAUGGUCGUCUUUUGGUAGAAGUUUAUCUGUAUUGCCUGUGAACAACGAGCUACGUUCGUCAAUUCGUGGCAGCAAGCUUAAUUCUCGUGGUUUUCCCUUAAGCAAUCUCCUUUCAGCAUUCCCACGGCCCAUUCCGAUCAAACUUCGCUCAAAUUCGGCCGCAUCUCGUCGGAAAUUAUCGAUAUACUCCUGCGCAGGCAGUUUUGGAAGUUCAGUAUUUUUCCCCGAAAAUUCCAACUUUGCAGUAGUGUCCUCGACCUCUGAAGGUGUCUGGCCCGAUUUUAAUUUAGGUAACCUAAACUGCGUUUGAGACAAAUCGUAAUUCGAUUCAUUAUUCUCUAAGCUUGGUUUCUCACUAACGCCAUUGGCUGCAGUGUUUGUCGAUUUUUCAUUCAACAUGUGGUCCCUUAUAGUUGCCCAGCCUUUUGUUUUUGUCUCCAAUUUCUUCUUGCUGUACUCUUUACCGAUGUUAAAACCAGAUUGGUAUUUCCGAACGGCUUGAUAUUUGCCAAAACAGCCAAACGGAUAAGCCAAUUCUUCGGCAAACACUACAAGGGGUCCUUCGUCGCUACAGUGCUCAAAUUUACUUAGCUUUAUGCUUUUCGUUUGCGUUGGAAGUACGGUUUGUUUGCCUUUAGCAAUUGCCAAUUUGAUGCGUUCCUCUCGCCUUUUUUCCUCCUUGAGAAGUCGCAAGCGAGCUGCAUCCAUUGGCAAUGUGCACUUUUUUACCAUGUCUGUGGCGUUUACUUUCUCUUUUGGGUUAUCUCGACCCGUCCUAUCGCUCAAUUGUUAUAAUUAUUAGCAAUAAUUCGGUGUUUGAACUUCCGUCUAAUUACUCCAAAGUUAAAUACCAAUGCCACAAUGGUAGUAUUUAAUAUGCAAACUUCUGAAGAUCUGAUCAAUUUUACUCGUCUAGAUCUGUUGAAUUAUACUUCUUCUGUUCGGCUACUUUAAAAUGUUUCUUAUAUUUUUAAGUUUCCCUGUACCAGUUAAACCAUCUAC